AUGUCAAUUCCCAUCCACGCCACCGUCCGUGACCAAGACGAGCCUGCCAGCGCCUGCGCCCAGCGCGCUCCAGGAUGUACCCUGUACUUGGGGUGGGGGUUCGCGCUGGCUCGGGCUAAUCACGGGCUGGCUCAAGCAGGUGCCAGCGCCGUGGGCGCGCGGAGAGAGGGGAGCUGCACAGCCUGCCACCGCCGCCAAGACGCAGGAGGCAGGACGAACGCUCUUUCCCCGCUGCCGUUCCCCCGUGCGUUGCACCUGCCUGGCUGGCUCCUGCCGUGGCAUCGAACCCACGAACCGACCAACCACGGCCUCCAAUGCAUUACCGACGGCGCUGCUGCUGCUGCGAGCGACGACAGAGACCCCGCAAUCAGAUGGCAGUCGCGAAGCUCAACGAGGUCGCACAAACACCGCGCAGCACCAUCUUCUACCCGGUUACCGCAGUCGCAACACUCUUGCGCGAACACCAUCCACCGACCGUCCAUCUGCGUACACCUCCUGCUGACCGGCAAGCAGCCUUCGCUCGAAACGGCCAGCGGCAUCCAGCUUGCGACCUUGGCCUGCCUGCAGACCACGCUGCUUUGGUCUCCCCCCACCCCUUGCGCCAUCUCCUUCGCCCUCCCUUUCCUGUCUCCGACCUCGACCGCUGUUCGAAACGCCAACCAGAACCGCCAGGGGAGCACCCCUGGCCACAACCAAGGCGCAAGCAACCCUCCCGCCGCCAGAGAUCCAGGAAAAGGAACCUCGUCAUCGACCGCCCGCCGCCGCCGCCCGCCCAGCCCGAGAGGCCUUGCCUACCCCUACCCGCCCGUCCUGUGUGCCCCCAUGGGCGCCGGCCUGCGACGCCUGCCCCGGUCCAGAUACAGCCCAACUAUUGAUUUCCUCGGCGUGCUGAGGACGUCGCACAAGGACGCCUCCUGGGCCCCGGCUGCGAGCCUAUUGGAGCGUGUACCGGCUCCCUAA